GUGGACCAGUCAGACCGUCUUGUGUUUUUAAAGCAGUAUUUUUCCACAUUGUUGCCGUGGGUACGGAGAGACAGCUGGUCUGUUUUUGUCGUUGGUGGUUUUGUGUUUGAGAAGAAGACGGAGAGUCUGAAUCUAGACGUGGGAUCGACGCGCUGACGGCGGGUUUGUGGGGGCUGCCAUAAACCCACAAAGUCCAACAAAACAUCACCAAACAUCCAAACUGACUUCAUCAUGGAGGAAAGACGACAGCGUGGAAACUGACACCGUGGGACAUGUUGAACUCGGCUUGAUCCCAGGAAUCCAGCCACACCUCAUUUUCGAAAGUUGGCCAUACGUUUCAAAGAAACGGCAGUAGAGCCUGAGGUGGACAUCAUGUCGUCCAGCUGUCUUCAGAGACUGACGUCAUCUCUGCUGCUUCUGGGCCUUCUUCUGGUGUGUCUAGAGGGGGGUGCUGCUCUGGAGUUGACUCCCUCUGUCUCUGAAUUGGUCCUCAACCAGAACUCUUCCGUCACACUCGUGUGUUCGGGGUGGGACAGGGUGACCUGGCGUCUUCCUCAGGAUUUCCUGCUGGAGGGCGUUUCAGUGGAGAAUCAGGGAACCCGCAGCGUCCUGCGUCUCCAUGGCGCCUCCUGGAGGAACUCCGGCAGCUAUGUGUGUGAGGAGGCUUCAUCUGAGCAGAGCAGGACGGUGGACAUCUUCAUACCUGGACAAGGUCCAGAUGAAUGGUUCGUUCCAAUGGGUCCUAGUGUUGUGAUGAAGGAGGGAGAGGAAGGCACCAUUCCCUGUGUGGUCUCAGAUCCGAAGCUCAACGUGACCCUCUAUGAACGGCCCAGCAGAAGGCCUGCUAACGGGACAAGCUACAAGCCCAGCAGGGGGUUUACAGGUCCUCUGAAGGACACGUCUUACAUCUGCCUGGCCAGUGGGCCAGAGGAGGAGAGAGAAUCUCAUGUGUUCUACGUCUUCAGCAUUGUGGUCCCUGAAGUGAUGGAGGUGGAGAUUACAGCCUCACGUGUUGUGUUGCGUCAGGGUGAAGCGUUGACAGUCAACUGCACUGUGCAAGCUGCUGAGAUGGUCUACUUCAACUGGGACAUCCCCCGCAAACAGGAAUUUGAGCCGCUGACAGAAUUCCUGCCCAGUCAAAUUCGAUCCAUCAUCACCAUUCCCAUGGCAACGCUGGCAGACUCCGGUGUGUAUGUGUGUGAAGUCCAGGACACGGUGCAGGGCAGUACUGUGCAGGAAAACGUCACUAUAACAGUCCUGGAGCGUGGCUUUGUCCGUGUGGAAGCAGAAGGACAGACGGAUGUCUCCUGUCCCCUGCAUCACACGGUGGAGCUCAGUGUGGACAUCAACGCCCACCCACCGCCAAACAUCACCUGGAGCCAUGACAACAGCACUGUUACCAUGGAAACCAGCCUAGUCACCACCACACACUUGACCCACAGCAGGUACACGAGCACACUGACGCUGGGUCGAGUGCAGCUGAAACAUAGAGGCAGUUACGCAGUAACAGUUUGGAACGAGGAUGACGUCCAAGAGAUGACCUUCGACCUGGAGGUCACAGUUCCUCCGAAAAUCACUCAGCUCUCAGACUUAUCGGAAGGACGCGUGGUGCUGUGUGUGUCUGAGGGAGCCCCUCCACCCUCCAUCCACUGGUACAGCUGUCACAGUACACACAGGUGCAGCAACCAGACGGUGGCCUGGCAGAGCUUGUGGCCUGGGGUGGACGGUGUGACGGUGCAGGAGAACAUCAGCUAUGUAGAAGAUGGAGGACUCGCUCAGGUCCACAGCCUGCUGACCCUGCAGAGUCUUGGUUCGAUCUCCACCAUCCGUUGCGAGACACGAAACCCCAGAGGAUGGCGGGCCUGGGACAUACGGCUGGUCUCCAACUCUCUGUUCUCUCAGGUCGCCGUGUUGGCUGCAGUCCUUGUUCUUAUUGUCCUUGCUGUCAUCUUCCUCAUCAUCCUCAUCCUCAUUUGUAGGAAGAAGCCUCGUUAUGAGUUUCGCUGGAAGGUGAUUGAGUCAGUAAGUCCUGAUGGACAGCAGUACACCUACGUAGACCCCACCCAACUGCCCUACAACUCAGCCUGGGAGGUCCAGCGAGACAAUGUGGUAUUAGGCAACACAGUGGGGAGUGGGGCAUUUGGACGAGUGGUGGAGGCCACGGUCUAUGGUCUGCAGCCCCCCCACUCCUCCACCAAGGUGGCUGUGAAAAUGUUAAAAUCUACAGCUAGCGUCAGCGAGGGCCGGUCUCUGAUGUCGGAGCUAAAGGUCCUCAGUCACCUUGGACCUCACAUCAACAUCGUCAAUCUGCUGGGAGCCUGCACCCAGGGAGGCCCAGUUUUGCUGAUUACAGAAUUCUGUUGUCAUGGCGACCUGGUUGGCUACCUGCAGCACAACAAACACACCUUCCUGCAGAGCAACACAUCGCCGCAAGACAAGAGCAGUGACACUGAUGGGGGGUACAUGGACAUGAAUAAGGAGGAGUGUGUGCAGUAUGUCACCAUGCAGGAACUUGGAGAUCAAAUCAAAUAUACGGAGAUCGAACCUGCGGUGUAUGAGUCGCUUCAGAUACAGCCAGGUCUGGGCCAAGAGGAGUCUACUCUCUCCCUCAGUGAAUCUCCUCUCCUCAGCCUCCAGGACCUCCUCUGUUUUUCCCACCAGGUCGCUCAGGGAAUGGCUUUCCUGUCCUCCAAAAAUUGUGUCCACAGGGAUUUGGCUGCGCGGAAUGUUCUGGUCUCCGACGGGAAAUUAGUGAAGAUCUGUGACUUCAGGCUGGCGCGGGACAUCACCAAGGACCAAAACUACAUCGCCAAGGGAAACAGUUUUCUGCCAGUCAAGUGGAUGGCUCCAGAGAGUAUCUUUGAGUGUGUUUACACCACACAGAGCGACGUCUGGUCUUACGGAGUUCUGCUUUGGGAGAUCUUCUCACUGGGUGAGAGCCCCUACCCCGACAUGCCCAUCAACCGGGAAUUCUACUCGGCUCUGAAGAGAGGCUAUCGCAUGGCCCAACCCCGCCACGCCACAAAUGCUAUCUAUGACAUGAUGAAGCUUUGCUGGAACGAGAAAUGGCAGUCCAGACCUCCCUUCUCCUCUCUGGUCGACUCCACGGGCGACAUGCUAACAGACACCAGCAGGAAGCGAUACCUCCAGGUGACUCAGAGGUUUCUCAGUGGGGAGCACCCUGCUGUGUUCCGGUCCAAAACCAGUACGGACAGAACCACCGCCCAGACUGGAAACCAGUCCACCGACCCCGAAAGCUACACCUCCCAAGCUUUGGCUGACCAAUCAAAAGAAGAGUCAGAAGAGGCAGGCCCCUCCACAGCUGCUUACCCCAUUCCCAUCAGUGACGUCGCCAUAGAAACCAGUGGCCAGGUGCUGGACACAGCCACUCAGGAGACAGAAAGAUGCCUGUUAAGGAAAACACUUGAAGUGAAGACUGAAAGCCCCGCUCCUCAAGACGCCCCAGCAGCCGAGCAGGGAGCCGAGCAGCGCCGGACACUCGAAGAAGAAGAAGAAAGCUUUCUGUGAAGACCGGGGCAGCGAGCAAGACGCCCCCCCCCCUCUCUCAAGGUCGGGGGUUAAAGGAUAAUUCCUUUGUUUUUUCAAGCCUGGGUCCAGUUUCAUAGGACAACACUGUUUUCAUAGGACGAUUGAAUACCAGCAUCAGACAUGUUUCAACAUGUGUCCAGUUUGUCCCAAUUAUCGAAACCUCGUAUUUGGAAGGGAAAUCUAAAGUGCAAGUUAAACCUUUUAAUCUGAGAUGUACACCAUGAUCACUGGUGGAUAACAUGGCUGAUCUACUUCCUGGUUCACCCUGCAGGAAGUAGCCGCCUGUACUUACCGUAGGUAGUAGUAACAUCCAUAGACUAGCCGGCCAGCACCAUAGAGAAGUCAUAGAUAAUGGACAGUCAUGGACACAGUCUGACUGACACACUAGGGGGCGCUGUUGUUUAAACGCUCCUGUUCACUUGUACCAUAGGCACCGCUGUACAGCUGAUAGUAACUUGUAGCUGAAAGUAAACUGAUAUAACUGAUAUGUAUGAUGGAAAAAAACUAUCAAAACAAACCCUAGGUUGUAAAACAAUGGAAUUAUCCUUUAAUUCUCAUGCGGGAGCCACCAUGCUAAUGAUGUACUGAAGUGUUUGGUACUUUGAGAAAACAUGUGGAGAACAAGUUAUGCUGAAGGACUUCUGCCCUCCUUAAACGACUCAACUGACACACCCCUAAGCAAAGCUGCAGAUGAGAUUGGAUGAGACUUCUAAAGGAAGGACAGAGUGUGACCAGUCAGGGAGCCUCCUCUUCCCAAACACCCACCUACCACACGACAAACCAACCAGUUUCUAAAGGUUUUCUCUUUUGGAACAUCACAAAUGUCAAGUUUAUUUAGCAAAAAAAAUAAUCCACUAACCAUUUAUCAGUUGAACAAAAAAACCCAAACAUUUUGAAACACUUAAGUGUUUAACUGUGGACUUGUGGAGAUUUUUAUAGUUCAAGACUUGCUCUUGAAUGUAUUAUGAGUCAGUCUCCAACUAAAGAAGUUUCAUUCUAUUUUCCAUAAGUGCAAGACAAACCUGUUGUAAAAUUUACCAUGUCUUGUAUACACCAACAUUGCCACUGUUCAUGAGGAUUUUUGCUGUUAAUACUGGAAUGAGUCUUUAAAUCUAUUCCUCAUACAAGCCAUUACCAUAGCUCAAAAUAUUUGUAUAAAGUCACGGCCUGUCCAGGGUGUCUCCCCACCUGCCGCCCAAUGACUGCUGGCAUAGGCUCCAGCAUCCCGCGACCCUAAAAGUAGGAUAAGUGGCUUGGAUAAUGGAUGGAUGGAUGGGUGAAUUAUAUUUCAACGAGUGGGCAAAAUAGCUGUCCGGCGUGGGUCUGGGACAUAAGGCUAUUCAUCACUUUCAUAUUCCUCUGUUAAUAGGUCCCCCUCCUCCAUGAGGGAUUCAUUUGUUGUAGGCUGGGGCUGACUGAAAUGUAGACCUCCUUCCUUCUCCUGGCUAGGCAGGAGAGAUUCAUUAGCAGGCACCAUCUUAUGUACUUUCUCAGCAGAGAAAAUGGGAACUAGUUUAGCUCCCUUCUCUUCCUCUUCACUGCUCCAGCAUGCCUGGGUCUUUAUCUGUCAGGGUCUCUGGCUGUAACCUGCCGAAGAACUUUCCCCUCUGGAGAUGACCCACCCCCUGGAUAAAAGUUCAUUUAGGAAAAAAAAAUAAUCCACUAACCAUUUAUCAGUUGAACAAAACAAAACAAAAAACAAACAUUUUGAAAUACUUAAGUGUUUAACUGUGGACUUGUGGAGAUUUUUAUAGUUCAAGACUUGCUCUUGAAUGUAUUAUGAGUCAGUCUCCAACUAAAGAAUUUUCAUUCUAUUUUCCAUAAGUGCAAGACAAACCUGUUGUAAAAUUUACCAUGUCUUGUAUACACCAACAUUGCCACUGUCCAUGAGGAUAUUUGCUGUUAAUACUGGAAUGAGCCUUUAAAUCUAUUCCUCAUAUAAGCCAUUACUAUAGCUCAAAAUAUUUGUAUAACAUCACAGAUCACUAUUUGGAAAUAAGGAAUUAUCAUUUCAACGAGUGGGCAAAAUAGCUGUCCGGCAUUAGCUGUCUAAUAAUAGGUCCCCCUCCUUCAUGAGGGAUUCAUUUGUUGUAGGCUGGGGCUGACUGAAAUGUAGACCGCCUUCCUUCCUCUGAAUAGGCAGGAGAGAUUCAUUAGCAGGCACCAUUUUAUCCACUUCCUCAGCAGAGAAAAUGGGAACUAGUUUAGCUUCCUUCUUUUCCUCUUCAGUGUCCUGCUCCACCAUGCCUGGGUCUCUAUCUGUCAGGGUCUCUGGCUGUAACCUGCCAGAGACCUUUCCCCUUUGGAGAUGACCCAUUCCCUGGAUAAAAACUAUCUGGGCUUGGUUUCUCAUAGAGUUGGUAAGCAGCGUGAGGUAGGGCAGUAACUCUGUCUGCAGACUGACGGAUGUUAAAAAGAAGUCGGUGAAGAGAGACUGAGCAGCAAGCCAUUUCUCUCGGUACUUCUUCUUGACUGGUAGCCAGUUGGGUUUGUUUGCUGCUUUUCUCUGAGCUGUUGGGUUUUGUCCUCAUCUCAUUUAUCUCUGUCUCUUUAAAAUGGAGCUCAGAUUGCAGAGACUGGACCUUCCUUUUGAUCUCCUUCUCUUGUUCGCUGUGCUGCUACUGUCUCUGCCACUCUGCCUGCAGUUCUGGCUGCCUCUACUCCUCCUGCUGCUGCUGGACUCCUCUCAGAGACUCCCUCAGCACCCUGAUCUCUCCAUUCUUCACCAGGAUCUCAUUCUCUACCCCCUUUAGCUUUAGUGUGAGCAGUGUAUGCUGGGCCUCCAGCAGGCUGUAGUAGUCCUCUCUGUUUGAGCCCCACUGCUGGCCUUCCACUUGGCCCAAUGGAAACACUUUGUUUAGGUCUUAUGGUCCCACGAAAGCUGAGCCACCAAAUGCUGGAGUGGAAGUGGUACCUGCAGGUGCUGGCUUGGACCUAGGUCUGGUGUCUUCACUGACAGCCUGUGAGGCGAUUAUGUCUAUCUCAGCAAGGUCGUCUUGGGUAAAGUCCUGCUCGUUUAUGAAGAGGUUGUUAAAAGCUGCUUCUGUUUGCUUGUUCCAGCAUUUGAGGCGCUUGGUCGGAGGGCAGUCCAUGAUGGCUUGGGGGGGGGGCUGGUGCUUUAAAUUCGUGGGCCAUUUACAGAGUUCACUUCCGAUUGGUCAAAGCUGCUACCUGGCUUCAUACUCUGGAUGUUUACAGUUAAUUUAGCCAGCUAACAAGGUGAGAGAGUCCUCAUCUAUUACCAGAUCUUACUGGCACGAUGGAAGAGAGGAACACCAACCAGCUUCUACAUAGGAGUGACUGAAGCCUUGCUGCUUUUCUCUGAGCUGUUGGGUUUUGUCCUCAUCUCAUUUAUCUCUGCCUCUUUAAAAUGGAGCUCGGAUUACAGAGACUGGACCUUCCUUUUGAACAUAGAAUAACAACACUAUUACACAACUCUCUCAGUGUACUGAACAUAGAAUAACAACACUACUACACAACUCUCUCAGUGUACUGAACAUAGAAUAACAACACUACAACACAACUCUCUCAGUGUACUGAACAUAGAAUAACAACACUACAACACAACUCUCUCAGUGUACUGAACAUAGAAUAACAACACUACUACACAACAACCUUCACAUAUAUACACCAGGACUGACUUAUACAGGAGAAAUAAGAGGUGAUAAGGUGCAGUGGUGCAGAGAAUAUAUCAGAGAUGCUGAAAUACAUGUUAGCAGCUUACUGACAUACUACAUGCCUGAGGUAGAUGGCAGAGUGUACCAGUAUACACACAAUGUACAGUACAGAAUAUACAACAUGGUUGGAUUUAUUUGACAGUGUUAAAUGUUCAUUUGAAAGAAACUGUUUUUAUAUCUGGUUGUUUUGGGGUACAGUGCUCUGUAGCGCCUACCAGAGGGGAGGAGUUGGAACAGGUUGUGACCAGGGUGUGAUGGGUCUGCAGUGAUGUUGCCUGUCUGUUUCCUGAGUCUGGAGUUGUAUAGAGGGCAGACUGGUGCCAAUGAUUUUCUCUGCAGACCCAACUGUCUGUUGUAGUCUGUCCCUGUCCUGUUUGGUGGCCAAUCCAAACCAGACAGUGAUGGAUGUGCAGAGGACAGACUGGAUCACUGCAGUGUAGAACUGAAUCAACAGUUCCUGAAGAUGCUUGAAUUUCUUGAGCAAGGAGACAAGCUAGGAGAAAGAGAAGGAAACAAUGUGUUUAGAAAGGGGUUGGUAUAUUUUCCUUUGGUUCUCAGCAAAAUUGCAGCAAACCACAGCUAACACCAAUAAUAAUAAUAGUAAUGAUAAAAAUGAUAUUCUUGUAUUUAAUUAAAGAAAAUGUUCCUGAGAGAAACUCAAAUGUGCUAUAAGACAAGAUCAAAUGUACUUCAAGACACCCAUGAAGAAAGAAAAGAACAAAGCAAUGCGUUGUGGGAAGUGCAGUGGUCAGCUGGUGGCCGAAACUUUAGAAGAUGUCAAUAUAAUUACGAUUUAGAAACUCAAACACGUCUUGCUUGAUUGUGACAAUGAAUAUUUAAGUAAAGCGUCAAAGAUCAUCAGACAACUAUGUACUCUCUUUCAACAUAUUACCUUCCUCAUUGUAUGUAUAAAGGUACACUGGACAGAUUAUUUGAAUGUCCAUGAAAUAAAAUAAAGUUGGAUCCUGAUGAG